UGGCGAAUCAAAAUAGUUAUUUGUUUCUUAUGCUACGUUGUCUCGCUCAGAAAUAACAUCUUUGCCGCGUGUCAAGAAAGUGACAAACUACUGUCAUCUUGACAGUUGUAUAACAGCUGUGUUUUGAUUUCCAUAUGCUGUCUCAAAAAUAAUAUUUGAAAAUAUCAUAUUGUAUUGUACAUCUUUUACUAUCAAUUUUUUAAUUCGUAAUUGUAGCUAAAAGUGGAAAUUACCUCAUAAAAAUGGCUGAUUGGGAAGAAGUGAAACGUCUAGCUGCAGACUUUCAAAAAGUUCAACUGACCUCCACAACACAGAAAUUAUCUGAGAGAAACUGUAUAGAAAUAGUAUCAUGGCUGAUAGACAGAAAAAUGGUAGAUUUAAUAUUUACCAGUGAUGGUAAGGAAUAUUUAACGCCCACUCAGCUAAUCAAUGAAAUCAAAGGGGAAUUGUAUGACCAAGGAGGAAGAAUCAACUUGGUAGAACUAGCUAAGAACAUUGGUGUCGAUCUUGCUCAUAUCAAUGCUCAUCUCAAUGAGGUACUGAAAGGACAAAAGGACAUACAGCAUGUUCUUGGUCAACUAAUUGAUCAUUCUUACAUAUCAAGAGUUGCUGGUGAGAUCAAUGAAAAAUUACAACAACAAGGUCAAAUAAGUAUUGGUGACUUAACCAUCCAUUAUGACUUGCCAGCAGAGUUUUUGCAACAAAUUGUGGAUAAGAAUCUUGGAAAGGUUGUAUUUGGAAAGCAAGAUAAAAAUGAUCCAAGAAUUUACUAUACAGAGUCAUUUAUUGCCAGGACUAAAGCUAAAAUACGUGGAGCUCUGGCAGGCUUAACCAGGCCCACACCUGUGGCUUCCAUUUUGAAUCAAGUUGAUGUUAAUGAAAAGAUGUUUUUCUCUUUGUUUGACCAAACCUGUAUGUAUGGUACAUUAACAAGCAGGUUGCCUGGUGCUCAGUACAUACCUAAUGUUUACGCACGAUCACAGAACGAAUGGGUUAGCAAUUUCUACAGACAAAAUGGCUACCUGGAAUAUGACGCCCUGAACCGCUUAGGUAUAACUGACUAUAAGCAGUAUAUCAAGAAACAACUAGUUAAUGAAGAACUUCAUUACCUGAGCUCCUGUAUUAUUUCAAAGUCCAUCUUAGAACGAGUACAAGCGGACAUAGAUGAAUGCAUAGCAAGCAAGAGCUACACCGACCUACAAAGCAACCUUCCCUCUGUUUUCAAUGAAAAGGAUAUUGAAAUGAUUCUUAACGCUGCUCUUACUAAUCAGCAAAGGCAGCAAAUUUUGGUAAUUGAAAGUUAUGUAAUCAGCAAAGCGUUCGUGGAAAAACUGGCUGAUAGUUGUGACGAAUUAGUGAAGGCAAACGCAAAAGCUACAGUGGAGUCUGGGAAAUACCAGGAAUAUCAAAUCAGCUUGCACUCUUCUCAUCUGAGAAGCCAGAAAUCGGAUGACGCAGAUGAUAAGGUUGACAAACGUGAGGAAAGGCGGAAGAAAGCUGCAAGCGGUAAAAGUGGAGGAGGUACACAAGGCAGAGAAACUAAAACGAGAUCCACAAAGAAAUUUAACAGAGGUGGAAAUAAAAAUAUUGCCGAAACGGAUGACGAUGAUGACGUACAAGUGAAGAAAAUGGUUCUUGAGGUCGUAGCUGCAGAUGAAGUUAGAGAUUCGAUUCAACCUUUACUGGAAGAAGAGUCUCUAGAUGACCUCUUGGAGCCAUUGACCGCCCACCUGUUUCCCAAACUAAAUGAGAAAGGUCUUGAGGCUGCAGCGAGCAUCUAUGUAGCUACUGUGGCUGAUCGUACUGCUAACAGAAGGCAAACACAUAAUGAACUUCAGAACAAAUUGAAUGCUCUCAUUGGGGACGUGAGAUUAUUUGAAAAGGGAACUAAGCUCCUACCUCAAGACGUUCAAACACAAUUAGUAAAAUACCUCCUAAAAUCGCUUUGUACGGACAUAGUAAAUGAAGUUCUGAACUAUAUUGCUGCUGAACAAAAUUUGGGCACAAAGGCCGAAACUCUUAACAAUGAUCAGAAGUUAAAGUUUGUCAAUGAACUUCCGUCUGAAUUUAAAACUCCUUUGGUACAAUUGGUCAAGAGCCUCUCAGGGCAAAGCAUCGACGAUUUCAUGACAACAGUUGAAGAAGCUUUGAUCCCUUGUAGUAUGAUCUUGAAAAAGAUUGACAAAAAGAAAGACAGAACAGUGGUGUUGAACCACAAACAUCAACUUUUGGAGCAACUAAACAAAUGCGAAGAUGUAGCCUUGGCGUUGCACCUGGCAACACUCGCCAUUUUCACCACGGCUACUCAUUGUAUGCUACAUGCUAGCGGUAGACACGUCACAGCUAUUUUGGCAUUCUUGAAGCAGUAUCUUACCGAGGAACAAGCAAACGAACUAACGUCUUAUCAUGAUUUUGUAACACUUAUGUUGAGUGGUGGAUCAGAAGUAGAAAACGCGAAAGAGAAGCUCAAAGAAAAGUUACCAGUUAUUAAGAGUAUAGCUAACGAAUUUAAAAAGGCUGGUUCUGAAAAAUAACCUUAAAUCGACUCUUGUAAAUGACCCUAUAUUGAUACAAGAUUUGUAAAUAUUUUUAGAUAGAUAUUCAGAGAAAUCCUUAUACCACUAACGUCGUGAUGUGUACGAGAGAGAAGAGUGUAAUACGUAUGUUAGAAAGAGAUAGAGAAGCACCACGUUGCCUAGCAACGCGAGUGACGAGGCCAUAAGUGCAGCUGUGGCUUGCCGCAUUGCCAGUGGCGCACUCUUUCUAACAUGCGUAUUGCAUGCCUCUCUCUCAUACACAUUACCUCGUCAGUGACAUUUGGAUUUCUCUAUAUGUACAUACAUAUUCUUAUUUUUAAAAUAAACAAAAGAUCAGAAAUGGUA